AAACGAAUGGAUCAUUUAAUGCGGAAGAAGAGCGUAGCAAAUGUAGACCUCGCGGCGUUGCGAGGAGAGGCCAAAGUCAAAAUUAUGCUUGAACAGCAAGAAGAACCACAAGAGUGAUUAUUGUACCAGUUUGGAAGUAGGUAAAUCAUCGUCUUAAAUCGGUACGUAAUUGUUCUGGUGUAGUUACAAGAAGAUCACACUGAAUCCGGGAUCGCGAAAAUUACGCAUAAUCUAAUUACCUUUGUCCCUAUUGCGGGAUGGCAGCGAAAAAUGAAAAGCAUCCACAGCGUGAGUAGGAUCUCGUCACCAUCAUCGUCAUCAUCAUCAGCAUCACCUUCGCAGCAGUUCCUCGCGAACCAGCAGAAACUAUCGACAACAUCGCAAGGCGAAAGAAGUCAGAUUCAGAAGAUCGUUCAUUAUGGUGGACGAGAAGGUUACUGCUACUCAACGUCUCGUCAACAGCUAUGGGACCUCCGAUAGUGUCGUCAGCCUGCUAUGUUAUGAAUGAAAUUAUCGUUCGGUUUGACAGAUUAGUGACCGAUUAGAAACCGGGCUGAGAAAUUCCGGUUGUGUACAAAAUGUGAAAACGAAAACCGACGUUUCCAGUGGUAAAAUACUUUUUCAAUAGAUUUCGAUUGCUUUUCAAAUGUUAGUAGGAUCAAAAUUAGUAGUGCAAGUAGUGCAAAUUAUCCCAAGGGUUCACAACCUUCAGUUCAUUCGCUUUUAAAUCGCAAGUGUAAACAGUGCCGCGCCGACCGAGAUAAUACUUGGUAUUUAUCUUUGGCUCAGUGUGUUCAAGAGGUGCACAGAAGUCCAAUCACAAUACUCGCAAGAUUUCAUACCGCGUAAGCAGGAAAGGGUUGGGAUUCAGUCGUCAAUCAAACCUGCCAACAGCGCAUCAAUCGACCACCAGGUUCAACUAGUGCCGAAGAGUUUCGCGGCUUCGAUACCAACAGAACCAGCUGCAGCAACAGUUGAAAUAAUGGGCAACUGCAUUGGAAUCAAUCGCAAUGAGCCGGAAACUCUCGACACCGGAUCCUCCAACAUAACCCGGCCUGUGACGGGAAACACCUCCAGCUACGUCGGUGUGCAGCGCAAAAAUCACCCGUUGUGUCACGAGACGAUCCGCUGGAAAUCAGAAGUGCCAUUAACGGAAGGUCAGCUACGCAGCAAGCGGGACGAGUUCUGGGACACUGCACCGGCCUUCGAAGGUCGCAAGGAGAUAUGGGACGCACUGCGAGCGGCUACCAGUGCGGCGGAAGCACUGGACUUCCAGCUGGCACAGGCGAUCCUGGACGGUGCCAACAUUUCCGUCCCGAACGGGUACCUCACCGAGUGCUACGACGAGCUGGGAUCACAGUACAAACUGCCCAUUUACUGCUUAUCCUAUCCGGUCAACAUAGUUAAGGAGGACUACGGACGCGACUCGCCUGCGGAAUACUCAGAGCCAGUCGAUGGAGGUACUGAAGUUAUUCUAAAACUGCGACUAUCGUCCACUUGUACAGAUGUUAAAUUACCAGUUUAUUCUAAAGACACAAUCGGUCAGUGUAAAAAGAAAUUACAGGCACAGGAGGGAAUCGAUGCAUUUACACAGCGAUGGUUCUACGGAGGCAAGCUGCUAGGCGAUAAGAUGCACAUUGAUGAGGCUCACAUACAGCCCGGUUACAUCGUGCAGGUCAUUGUAAAUACAGAGAAACAAUCGUCGCUGGCGAUUAGCUAGCCAAGAAACUAUCGUAGGCCCACCAAACGAGAACAACAGCUAACGAGACGAACCAGAAGGGAACACGAUACGAGAUUUACCGGUGGUCUGGAGGUGGUCGUGUUGGUGCCCAAUCCCCGCGCUGACUGCCAGUAUCCAGAUGUGUUAAUAUAUAUUAAAUACUAUUCAAUAGGCGAUCGAUGAACGUUGCUCUGAUAGUAAAUGCCCAACAAAUACAGGUGCUACUGCUGAGGGUACAUUUGUUUGCAACCGUAGUUGAGUCCAGUUAGGGAUGUGUUGAGUGCGAAAUUAGGGGGCGUUGCCGAUAACGGUUUUGAUGAAAAGGACUAAUUUAAGUAAAUAAAUAGUUAUUACUAUACUGAUAAGAGGUAAAAUUAUUAAUAUAUUAUCGAUCGAUAACAAAGCAUAUUUAAAUUUUAA